AUGAACAGACCAAAGCGAGGGUCGUACUUCUUUACUAUGGAGAGACAUCUGGGAAACGCCUAUCAUGCUCAAAACAUCCUGGAGAGUGUGGGAAUUCCAACUCAGAUCCUUUCCUUGGCUCGGCCAGAAGGGUUGAACAGUCGCAUGGCAGCUCUGGUGAAGGAGAAUCCUGGCGUGUGGAUUCUGCACGGAGACGUCUUCGAAAAUCUGGGUGUUUUCAAUGCGCUGUGCAGCAGCAUCGGAAGUCUUGACUUGGUGAUGCUGGACCCUCCACUGGACUUACGAGGUGUUUGGCCGCUGUUAGAUACGGUAAGGGAGGGGCGCUUCGUGGAGUCAGAGUCCACAGCUGUCCAGAACCAGGCAGUGAUCGCAUCCGUCGGUUUGGGAGCGCGGCGAGCGCUCCUGGUCUUUGAUGGGACGAUGCUGGUGACACGAGAGAGUAUUUGGCUUCAGGCUAUGGCUAGCGUCAACAUGUCAAUGCUAGCACCUCCAGCCUUCAGGAAACUUGGCAUCCAGUUCAGCGGCACUCCUGACAAGAUCUUCGUGAAAGUCGUGACCCAAGAAUCCUUCGGUUGUAUACAUGGAGUGCAGGCCGGAGACGAGCUCUUGGAAGUAGACGGCAUUCUCCUUGACAUGCUGGAGAACCAGUUUAAAGAACGCUUAGCAGGACGCCCGAUUCGCUUGAGGUUCUCAAGCCCUCACAGCUCGUACACUGUCGCCGCAGAUCACGAAAACGAAAAGCUUGGCGUCACAUUUCAUGGAAUGCCACCCGGUUCAGUAGAGGUCAAGAGUGUCACAGAAGGUCUUUUCGGAAGCGACAAAGGCGUGCAGGAGGGAGAUGUGCUCACCGAUGCCGGUAGAGAUUCCUUGCAAUCACUGGAUGGCAUGAGUGCCGAGACCUUUAAGAGCUUUUUGAAGGAUCGGCCUCUGAGGCUGCGUUUUCAGACUCUGCAGAAAGCACGGCGACCCAUUGAAGAGCAUGAGCUUCCUCGGCAACAUUCCAGAACUGAGUAUACAGUGGCGGCAAGUGCUGACACUGGCAAGCUGGGCAUCAGCUUCCACAGCAUGCCUCCUGGCAGGAUUGAAGUCAAGGGCGUUGCUGCGGGCCUGUUCGGCAGCACAAGCGGUGUGAAGGAGGGAGACGUCCUGAUAGAAGUCGGCAGUGACGACUUGCAACCCCUGGAGAGCAUAAGCGAGGAGGCAUUCAAGGGAUUUCUGAAGGACCGGCCACUGAAGAUGAGGUUCCUUGCGCCGGCCAUUGCAACAGCUGCCCCAGUCCUUGCGGAGACUUCUUCCAGUCAUGUGGAUCACGGCACCGAGCAACGCACGCAGAGCGAAAUGCCGGCAACAGACCGUUCGAGGGAUACGUACACAAUCACCGCAGGCUUGGAAGUGGGCAAGCUUGGCAUCACGUUUAACGGGAUGCCACCUGGUCGCAUUGAUGUGAAGGGCCUUGCGGAGAAUUCUUUUGGCAAUGAUGCUGGCGUGCGCGAAGGAGAUGUCCUCACCGAGGUGGGAAAGGACGAACUUACAUCCGUGGAAGGUAUGGACUUUGAGACAUUCAAGCGCUUGUUGAAAGAUCGGCCACUGACAAUGAAGUUCCAGUCCAUGGGGGAGGCUGUUCCAGCUGUUCAGUCUGCUUCGCCAAAUGAUGCAGCAGCCGCU